GCCAUCGGCCGUCCAGCAUCGCCGCCCCAUUCCCACCACAUCUCUCCUCCGGCGCGCUGCACCCGUCGUGCGGAGGAGACUCCCCGCCGCCAGGUUUUCAGAUCCAAAUCCUGCCGCUUGCGCCGCCCCAUGGAGGAGGAGAAAUCUGCGGACGAGUUGAGCCCGGACAGAUCUCUAAUGGCGGCGGCGGUUAGUCGACUCACCGACGACCUCAUCGUGGAGAUCCUGUCCCGGCUCCCCUUCCGGUCCGUCUGCCGUUUCAAGUGCGUCUCUAAGGCCUGGCGCGACCUCAUCGCCCACCCCGCCCACCGCAAGAAGCUGCCCCAGACCCUCGCCGGCGUCCUCUACAUCACCAUGCCCGGCGCCGGCGGCUUCCGCCACCACUUGGCCGGCGCCUACGCCGACGAUCUUGAUCUCGACCCUUCGCUCGCGUUCCUGCAGCCUACGGAGCACAGGUGCUUCAGGCUGAGGCACGCCUGCAAUGGUCUCCUCCUCUGCUCCUACUACCCGGACGCGGAAUCUCAAGUCCGUUUUGUCGUCUGCAAUCCGGCCACCCGCAGGUGGGCGGAGCUGCCCCCGGCCCGCAGCCGCGGCCAAACACAUGCCGCUUUCACUUCCAGUUCCAUCCGGCUUUUGAUCCAGCAGUCUCAUCCCAUUUUCACGUUUUUGAUUUCGAGCGCACUGACGACGCCGGCCUCACAGGAGUGAGCAUCUACUCAUCGAGAACUGGAGCCUGGA